CUGCGCGUAUGAACCCAUUCACCAUCGCUCCUCCACCUCGCGACGGACGAAACCUAAUCCGCUCUUUCCCCCGAUCCGCCGCCGCCUCACCAUCUACCACCACCGCCAGUAUAUAAGCGGCCUCGUUUUGAAAUCCCCCUCCUCCUCCUCCCUCACUCCACUGGGGUCGGGCCAUGUCUGUGGCGGUGGAUCCGGUGGCGGCGGGGCCGGGGACGAGCGGAGGAGGCGCGAUGCGGGUGGGGGCGGGAGCCGGCGCGGCGGCGAUGGACGGGGCGCGGCCGGUGGACCUCGCCAGGCACCCGUCCGGCAUCGUCCCCGCCCUCCAGAACAUUGUCUCAACCGUCAAUUUGGACUGCCAGUUGGAUCUGAAAAUGAUUGCCUUACAGGCUCGUAAUGCAGAGUACAAUCCAAAGCGUUUUGCUGCAGUUAUCAUGAGGAUACGGGAGCCGAAGACAACAGCUCUAGUGUUUGCUUCAGGGAAGAUGGUUUGCACUGGAGCAAAGAGUGAAGAACAUUCAAAGCUUGCUGCAAGGAAGUAUGCGCGAAUCAUCCAGAAGCUUGGGUACCCAGCCAAGUUCAAGGAUUUCAAGAUCCAGAAUAUGGUUGGUUCUUGUGAUGUGAAAUUUCCGAUUCGUUUGGAGGGCCUUGCUUAUUCUCAUGGUGCCUUUUCUAAUUAUGAGCCAGAGCUCUUUCCUGGGCUGAUUUACCGUAUGAAGCACCCUAAGAUUGUGCUCCUCAUUUUUGUCUCUGGCAAGAUUGUUCUUACUGGAGCCAAGGUGCGCGAAGAGAUAUACACCGCCUUUGAGAACAUCUACCCGGUGCUAACUGAGUACAGGAAAUGUCAGAAAUGAGAGGAGGAUAUCAAUCAGCCAAAUGGGACUUAUGCUGCAGCCUAUGUACAUAGCAGACCUGACUGCCAGAUUUUUUUGACAUGAGCUGCUGCUCACGUCCGAUUCUAAUUUCCUGUUUGUUCUUAAGGAGGGGUAGGAGAGGAGAGCAAAAAAAGAAAAGAAAAAGCACCCUUGUGAACAGUCUGAGCAAAGAAUGUCUCUGCAUUUAUGAUGCCAUGAGCUAAACUGCUACCGUCUCUUGACUCUUGGCAGUAAGUUCGUACUAGGUGACUAGGAACUCUUUAGUCAUGAAAUUUUCCUAGCAUCACAGAACAUAUGGAAUUGUCUUCGUGGUAUGUUCACAGCUUUUAAGAGAGACCUUAAGGAUUGGAAUAUCUCUAAAGAGAUAGCUUUGGAUAGGAGCGCUUAGAGACUAGCUAUCAAUGUGCCUGAACCUUGAACUUAUUUCUUUCGGGUUUCAUCUCUAGCCUACCCCAACUUGCUUGGGAAAAAAGGCUAUGUUGUUGUUGUUGUUUGUUGUUGUUGUAUGUUCACAGCUUAUACGUGCUGUUUUGGUUUUGGUAACGAUGCUCAAAUGAGGUGAAAUCAGGCAAUGAAUAUUGGAUUCAUUUGCAAUCCUUAUACA